GUGGGCGCGUGCCAAUGAUGUCAGCACGCCGGCGGAGCGCUACACGUGGACGCGCACGUUUGUCUGUUAGGAAGUUCAGCGUUGGCAAUGAUGUCCGAGUAAAACUGGAAUAAAGUCGCAUUUUCUGGUUUUGAAGCGACCGUAGCUUUUCUUUUUACCUCGCUCUCCGUGUUGCUGGCCAAGUUUUGGCGAUGGGAAUCAUGAAGAGGCCGAACAUCCUCCUCACAGGAACGCCAGGAGUUGGGAAGACCACACUUGGGAAGGAACUUGCUCAGAGGACAGGGCUGACUUACGUCAAUGUUGGAGAUUUGGCACAGGAAGGUCAGCUGUUUGAUGGGUUUGAUGAAGAGUAUCAGUGCCCCAUUCUGGAUGAAGACAGGGUUGUGGAUGAACUGGAGGACAAAAUGACCGACGGAGGCGUCAUCGUGGACUACCAUGGUUGUGACUUCUUCCCCGAACGCUGGUUUCACAUCGUGUUUGUCCUCCGCACAGACAACACUAACCUCUACAACAGGCUCGAGAGCAGAGGUUACACAGGAAAGAAGCUCCAGGACAACGUUCAGUGCGAGAUCUUCCAGACCAUCUAUGAAGAGGCCGUGGAGGCUUACAAAGAGGAGAUCGUGCACCAGCUCCCCAGCAACGACCCUGAAGACCUGGAGAGGAACCUGGAGCAGAUCAUUCAGUGGAUCGAACAGUGGAUGAAGGACAAUAACUGACCGAGCGCAGACUCAUGAACACUCACUCCCCCGUAGACAGGCUCUGAGGAGAACUGUAGACUUUGCAUCGCCAGCGUCCACCUUGACAAGCUGAUACAGAAUCCCUGCUGUUACGUAGCUCUUCAUAAAGCCCACAUAGUGAUGUUUUUCUCUGGUGGACCUGAUUCGGCUGAUGAGUUGUGUGAGAGCAGCGAUGCGAAAUGAUCAAACACCAUUCCAUAAUAUAUGGAUAAUAAAUAUUUUGUACUGUCGUCUAAAGCUCUUA